AUGGCUAGUAGAGGCAAGAUGAUGGGCAAGACAUCAUUCGACACGAUCGAGGAUAAUGCUCAUGGAUACGCAAGCAUGGCUGUCACUGAGCUCUACACAAGUUCCCCAAAUGAGUCGUAUUUGGUGGAGCCAGGUCUACAAGACGUCCCAAGAAGCUGUCGAGAUUACAUACGAUACUUUCAUCAAGAACUCUCUAAAGAGUGUGUUGUAUACAGCAACUCGUCCUUCAAUCCUUUUCUUUCUCUCAUGCCUUUAGCGCCAUCCAGCCAGGCCUUAUCACAUAUAAUGAUCUCUAUAUCAGCCUUCCACAUAGCGCACCGACUUGACAUCAGUCAGGCCCAGCUACAGCCAGGUUAUAGUGAGGUAGUUCGUAUAGCACUCCUCAACAAACAGAAGGCGUUAAGAUAUCUCAAACAUGAACUAAGAGUCCAACCAGAGAUUAACACCGAUGCAGUCAUCGCCGCAGUGUUACUGUUUGUCAAUCUGGAUGUAGUCGAGUUCGGCGGUCGAGGUUGGAAGUAUCACCUACGAGGCGCUGAAGAGCUCAUCAGGAUUCGGAAAGGUCUCGUAGUAGAUGAUUCAGAAAAUUGGCUACAGUUCGGCAUACUCGGCAGCACCCUUGUUCCGUCACAUUCACUCCGUGUGGCACCAAUGCCUUUGGACACCGGCUUGCUAGAUACACUUCGGAGAUCCGAGCAACAGACAUGGAUCGGUUGUCCGGCAGACCUCCUCUCCCUACUGCACGUCAUGAAUACGCUACGUGCUGUGUCGGAUCACUCCAGCCAUGCGGACGAAACUGUCACUUCAAUCCUCGAUGGCUUGGACAAUUUCUCUCCGCGAUCGUGGGCUCAUGACUUUCCAGAUCCUCAGCAUUAUGAGUCAAGAUAUCAUCUCGCCCACGCGUACAAAGCAGCGGUCAGCGUCUACGCCGUUCAGAUUAUCGCAGAACUUUCUAGUCCCCCGUCAUCUUUUUUUUCGGAUGCUUUUCGGCUUAUAGAACUCGGCAUAUCUCAUAUGUCGCAGAUACAAGCAAGCGACUUCCAUAUCAAAAGCCUGGUAUGGCCUGCUUUCGUCCUUGGCGCUGGAGCUCAAGAAUUACAAACAAGGGAAGACGUUAGGAACAUUAUGCAUAAUAUCUGGGUAUCUUCCUGUUGUUAUAAUGUUAGAACUGCUCUAUGGAUGCUUGAGACGAUUUGGGAAUGGGGACAAGAUGGUAACGAGGGGCGUAAACAGAGUUGGUUGAGAUUUAUCUGGGAGCAAGGCGAAAGCUGGUUAUUCCUCUGA